CUGAGAUGGCGGCGGCCGCUGCCGGGCUGAGCUGGAGGCGGGUGUCCUCCUUCACGGGGCCGGUGCCACGCUCCCGCCACGGGCACCGCGCGGUCGCCAUCCGAGAGUUGCUCAUUAUCUUCGGCGGCGGCAACGAGGGCAUCGCCGACGAGCUGCACGUCUACAACACGGUUACGAAUCAAUGGUUCCUUCCUGCUGUUAGGGGAGAUAUUCCUCCAGGCUGUGCAGCACAUGGAUUUGUUUGUGAUGGUACCAGAAUACUAGUUUUUGGAGGAAUGGUUGAAUAUGGAAGAUAUAGCAAUGAUUUAUAUGAAUUGCAGGCAAGUCGAUGGCUCUGGAAAAAAGUAAAACCUCAAGCUCCUUCAAAUGGAUCACCACCCUGUCCUCGGCUUGGCCACAGCUUUUCUUUGUAUGGUAACAAGUGCUAUUUAUUUGGUGGCCUGGCAAAUGAAAGUGAAGAUUCAAAUAAUAAUGUUCCCAGAUAUUUAAAUGAUUUCUAUGAACUGGAGCUGCAACAUGGGUCUGGUGUGGUCGGCUGGAGUAUUCCUGUGACCAAAGGAAUCUUGCCAUCUCCCCGAGAAUCUCACACAGCCAUAGUGUACUGCAGAAAAGAUGUGGGAAGCCCAAAGAUGUAUAUUUUUGGAGGCAUGUGUGGCUGUCGGCUUAAUGAUCUCUGGGAACUUGACAUAGAAACCAUGACCUGGUCAAGACCAGAAACCAAAGGGACAGUACCACUUCCUCGCAGUCUCCAUACGGCCAAUGUAAUAGGAAACAAAAUGUAUGUUUUUGGUGGAUGGGUUCCACAGUCAGCAGGAGGUGAAAUUUCUGCUCCUGAUGGUGAAUGGAAAUGCACCGGUUCUUUUUCUUAUCUUAAUUUGGAUACCACAGAAUGGAUAGGUCUGAUCUCAGAUUGCCAGGAGGACAAAAGUAACUUGUUACCAGGGCCAAGAGCAGGACACUGUGCUGUAGCUGUUGGCACUCGUCUGUAUAUCUGGAGUGGUAGAGAUGGUUACAGAAAAGCUUGGAACAAUCAAGUUUGCUGCAAAGAUCUUUGGUACCUUGAUACUGAGAGACCUCUAGCACCAUCACAGGUACAGCUGAUCAGAGCUACAACCAACUCUUUUCAAUUGAAGUGGGAUGAAGUACCUACAGUUGAAGGAUAUCUUCUUCAAUUACAUGCUGACUCACCAGUGCCACUGGUGGCUGGAACUCCUGGUGCUGGCAUUCCUGAGACCUCAGUGCUGAGUUCACAAGGUGGCUGUUCUCUUCAUCAGAGUCUGCAAUCAGUGCCUAGCAUCCCUUAUGCAGAAAUGAAGGUGGAUCAUCCCAGCCAAACAAAUAAUCUCAUUCCUAAUAACGUCCGAGUUGCCCUUUCAUCCAGUUCAAAAGUAGAAGGAAAAGAAAAGGUUGCAGCACCUGAAAACAAGGUUACACAGGAGAGUAUGAAAAACCACACAGACGCUACAGGAUUCAAAGAAUUAAAUGCCCCUUCUCUUUUGCCUGUUUGUACUUCUUCAAGUGCUCAGACAUCACCAAAUGUAGCUGAAUUACAUGACUUGGACAAACAAAGUGUAAAUCCUGAUUCUUCUCUAACGAGUAAUGUCUCCAGCACACAAACUAUGGUAACCCAGCAGGCUGUUAAAACUGAGUCAUCAAGUACAAAUGGGGCAGUUGUUAAAGAUGAAACUUCACUAACAACAUUCAAUUCAAAAUCUGAAGCUGCUGAAACUGCUUAUGUCACGCCUUCAACAAGGGUCAGUACUGGACAGACAAAUGAUUCACACUCUUCUAGAGCUCCCCAGAGGCUGCCAGUGCCGGUGAAAACCAGGGACCGCCGGUGGUAUGAUGUGGGAAUUUUUAAGAACAACAGUGCUGUGGUGAGCCAGUUCUACUUGCUGCCAGAGGAAACACUGAACAUCAAUAGCAAGAUGGAAGGUGCAGAUGUACCAGACUACAGAUUACUAAAGAAACAAGAUCUAUUUCCAGGCACAGUGUACAGAUUCAGAGUUGCUGCAAUUAAUGGCUGUGGUGUCGGGCCUUUCAGUAAAAUCAGUGAAUUCAAGACGUGCAUUCCAGGUUUUCCUGGAGCUCCUUCAACAGUCAAAAUCACCAAGAGUGUAGACUGUAUUCAUCUUUCUUGGGAGCCUCCUGCUUCACCCUCUGGAAAUAUUUUAGAGUAUUCUGCCUACUUAGCCAUCCGUUCCACGCAACUACAGGAAAAUCCAAGUCAACUUGUAUUUAUGAGGAUAUACUGUGGUCUUAAAACAUCUUGCAUAGUGACUGCUGCCCAGCUUUCCAGUGCCCAUGUGGAUUACACCUCCCGGCCUGCCAUAGUGUUCAGGAUUUCAGCCAAGAAUGAGAGAGGCUACGGCCCAGCCACACAGGUUCGGUGGCUCCAAGGUAAAGUCACUGUCACACACAGCAUUUGAGUGGAGCAGGAGCUGUGCAUUUCUUCCAGAACCAACACAGCACUGCAUGUGAACUGCUUGAAAUGUUAGUUUGUUCCUUAUGGGAGUUUUAUGCAAUUCUAGUUGUUGCUUCUGAAUAAUUCAGGGGUUUUUUCAGUCUUUUCACCUUCCUGAAUGGAAAAAAAAUUCUAUCAGGUGAUGUCAGGUGCAUUUUUGUGAUGCAUAUACACUUUAAAAUCUGUGUUAGAGCCAGAAAAAGUUUUGUCAUCUUGUCCCUGGGCUUGAAUUUGUACAGGUUCAUGAUGAUUUGGGGAUGGAAUGGAUCCACUGAAACUAAAAUUAGUGUUAGCCUGGUCAGUUUUGGCCUGCCUUAUAAGUAAGUCAAUAUGGGGUAUCAAGUUUUGCCAGCUUCUCAUCCUGCUCCUUGCUGUUUCUGGAUUAGCUUUGUUGGGAGCUGGCUUUGCUCAGCAAGAGGUACUGUGGGCACAGAGGAAGGUAGGAAGGGCAGAGUGCCCAUCCCCUUGGGCAGCAAGGAACUGUGGUGGAGGAGUAGCUGAUCUCAGCUGCUGGACUGGGACCCACCUGUUGAAUGCUCCACUGCUUGGUUUCUAAUAUGUGCUUUUCUAAGAUGGGGAGUAACAAUGAAGAAGUUGUCUUGUGAAGUUCAGUAUUUCAGUGCUAUUUUAACACUUUAUUUGGCAGGGGUUUUGACCAUUACCUAUAUCCUACAACUUUGAAAUAGUGUCUGUUUGAAAAUGUUUGAGUGUGUACACCAUGUGAAAUUAUGAAACAUUUAACAAUGUCUCCUUUGCUUUGCAGAUAUGAAAACAUCAGGCUCAAAGUAGAAAUUACUUAAUAAAUCUCAAUUUUCAAAUGUAGUGUUUAAUGUAACUCUUGUACUAUUUGUAAAUGCUACAAAUAUUUUAUUUUUGCAUUGUUUUUAUCUUAAAAAUAUAUAACCCUUUUUACGUUUGACACAUCGAUGUUGUAGAGCCUUGCUCAGGUAUGAGUAUCUUACAGAAAAUAUAUCCAAGAUGGUGGGGUGGAGGAUUGCUCUCUGUCCAGCAGCUCUUUUUGGUAGUGAUAAGUUAAAAUGUACAGAACACAGAGUUUCAAAUCAAAAAUUAAUAAAACAAUUGGCACAAGUAGUAGUGUUUGAGGUAGAGUCCCCAGGAUUGCCACAGAUCUUGCAUAGAUAAUUCAUAAGAUUUGGGAUAUGAACAAAUUCUGUUUGGUUUCCAUUCCCUAUAUCACAUUCUUCAUUCUGGUGCCUGAGUACAAGGCAAAAAUUUCCAGAUAUUAUAUAGUAACUUAAAAUGUAUAACUAUUUUAAUAUAUACUUUUUUUUGUAAAGAAAUGAUUUUUUCUACUAUUUGUAACAAAUAUCUUAGUCUUGAAAAAUAUCCCCUGAAAAUUUAAAAGGAAAAAGAUAAACUUAUCCAUUGCUCUUAUUACAAAAAACAUAAAUUCAUUGUAAAUGCACUACUAUUACUUAAAAUUAUCAUUUUGUAGUUGUACAAAUCUUAAACUUGUAAAUACCAGUGUUUACAAGAGACCUUUCUGGUCUUGUAUUAAAACAUCCAUGAGAUUUAUUACCUUUUUUUUUUUUUUUAAUCCAUAUGCUUUGCUUUUAGCAUAUGCUUGCUUUUUGCACUAAUAAUAACUUACCUCAUUGCUGUGUUAGUAAUCACUUGUGUUGCUUCCAUAAUGUUUCUGUAAAACUUCAAUCUGAAAAUUUUAACCAAAGUUUGGAAUACAUGGUAAGCAAUUUUGCACACAUUAUAUGGCAACUUUCAACAUAUUUAUUCCAGUUAAUCUUCUUAAGUGCUUGUUUGCUUUACCAAUAUAUUCUACCAAUCAAGUUCAGUAUCUCCCUUUUACUAUGCAUCUUUUACAUUAACUAGCUAGCUGAUAAAAUCAACAAGCAUUACUUCUAGGAAUAGGUUCAUCCAUUCCUAUGGGAAAAGAGAAAAAUUGUUCACAGUAGUAAAAUAAAGGUAAACAUUUUAAAUGCUAUUUAUGUAUCUGUAUAUAAAACUAUGUUUACCAAAGUGUAGAGGCUGAGUUGGACAAGGUCACUAGGUGAAUAGAUUGAGGCACCUAAAUAAGAUUUAUUUUAAAAUAAAAUCUAAAUUAUUUACUGUGCAAUGAAGUUUAUACUUUGCACUUUAAUUUUGCCCCAAAUGCCAAAAGAUUAUACAUCAAAGUAGAAUUUCUUGCCUCUUCCAGUAAAAUUUGUCUUAAGAACAUUUGUAAAGAUAUAAACUAAAAUCAAUGAUGUGCCUGGUUUGGUGGGAGAAGUAUCACUAAAAUAGUAAAGAUUUAGCAGCUCAAGUCUCCCAGAGGAGAUUUAACAGCCAAGUGUUGGCUGCCCUGAGAAUCAAGGUUAUAACGAAGUGCUGGUACAGCCUUAAGUUAUUGCAAUGCAUCACAUGCUCCAAUAGCAUCAAGAAAGUGCUAGGGACCAUAAAUGGCUAUAAUAGUGUUAAUUGUGGCACAGGAGUAACACACGUGGUUUGACUCCAGAGAAGAAUCAUGUUUUUAUGACAAUGAUAGCUACUCCAGUUUCACUUUAAACAGUGUUUAUAGUAUGAAUGUAUAGGACUUUUCCUGAAGUUAACUGGCUUUAAGAUAUUUGUGUUUUAAUGGCCCAUUUCGUCAGGUAGGAUCUCACUACCAAUACUGUCUGAUAACAAAAGUACCAUACAAAUGAACUGUCUACUAGAAGAAUAGAACUUGGAUUUUCUUAUUAGUACUGUGAAAGAAGCCUUUAGAGAAAAUACUUGUGGCUUUGAUUUUGUUGGUUGAUAGCUGUGAUUGUAGAGUUGUUAUUUAAGAAUAAAACCUGUUGGGUGUGUCUGAGUGGAGUUUUUUUGCACUUGGUUUCACAUGCUUUGCACAAUUUCUUUUUUCAGUGGGUGUGUUAUGACUACCAAAGGGUAAAACUGUGGCGUUUUCAGUGAAAGUAUAAUUUCCUUGUGAGUGUGCUUUCUUCAGCUGACUUGACAUAAGAUGUCACUUUUUCUUUUUUGUCCAAGUUGGGUAACGUUGAAUAUUGAUCAUAUGCAACUCUUCAGUUGCUUACAUUUUUACUUUAAACUGAAAUUGUGGUACACACUGUAAAAUACACUUUUUGGUCUGUUUUUAGAACUGUAUUUAUAAUGUCUAAAUCCCACCUGUUUGCUUAUCAACUAGGUAUCAGACAAAUAUUGAUUGUUUGAUUUUAAAGUCUAGAAGAUUGUUGACACCAGCUCUUUGAGACUCCAUGUUAUCCAUUUAUUUCAGAUACUGCUGAAGGACAUGCAACAGAAGCUGAAAUCUAGCAGAUUACUAUAUCCAUAUUAUAGAAAUGUCUACGUUUACUGAACUUCUUAGGGAGGUUGUGACUGUGUAAGCAUAGAACAGUUGUGCCAGUUAUGGCAGGCACUGCUACAAUUUCAUCUUCAGAAUGUUCUUGUGAAAGUGGAAAUGAAGUGAACAAUAACUUACACUUUGUGUUUUCAAAGUAAUUAUAGCAAUAUCUUUUGAAUGUAGUUUGGAGUAGAGCACAUGAUCUUGCCAUAAACUCUGAAGAUGUAGUAAGUAUUACUGUUAUCUGAUUAUUUCAGGAUAGCGAAUUUGAUGUGAACUUAAUCUUACAGCCUGUUACUUCAUGACCUCUACAAGGAAAUUGACAUUUUGUACAAUACAAGUUGAUUAGUCUUAUUUUGAAGCAUUGUUUGUUCUUUGUAAUAAAGUGAUUGUCCUAUCAAACACAUUGUUAA